AUGCUUACCAUCGAAGAACAGGCGGAUCUCUUCGGCAUGCAAAAGGAAGGGAAAAGCUACGCGGCUGAACUACUUGGACGAGAUGGCUUCGACGAUAUAACUCCUGAUGACGUUAAUGACCUGAUAGAUGCCCACUCACAACCGCUGACGGACGAAGAUCUGACGGAAAUGAGAAGGUCAGCAAGCGAGGAAAAGGAACAAGAGGAACUAGAGGCUGAAGAAGAGGAGGUUGAGCCAAGCUCGACUGCAUCGCAACUAUAA